ACAUGCACGCGAUCACGAAAUCAUUAUUUCCCCGCGCUUGCGUCGCUUCACGGAUAUAGAGAUGCACCUGCGUCGUCCGUAUGCUUCAGUCGGCGUCACACCCCGCGAACGAUAGCAUGCACGAUCGAUCGCGACUUUCAGGAAGGAUUCAGGUGCACAAUGUGCAUUACGAGCACGACAUUCGUUACGCUAUGCAGAUAUGUCAUUGGAUCCUGAAACCGAUCGGCAUCUGGCAUUUUGUAUACAGCCGCUCGUCACCAAGCGAGAAGCUAUUCUCAAGCACGCUGGUCUUCACGUGCGUCUCUGUGUUGUGCUUCGUGCUGGUUCCUUCCGGGCCUUACGUUCUGCUUUAUGAGAAGGACAUUUACAUGAGGGUCAAGUUGUACGGUCCGGUCGGCUUUUGCCUGAGUUGCACGAUCAAGUACUUCCUCCUCGGUGUGCGCGGCACGGCGAUCGGCAGGUGCAUUGAGCAGGUUGAAGACGAUUGGCAAGUCAUUCGGCAAGCGGAUCAUCGUAAGGUGAUGCUGAAGAACGCGAUGGUGGGCCGCAGGCUCGCCAUACUGUGCGUGAUUUUGCUUUUCAGCGGCGGAUUGUCCUACCACACGAUCAUGCCGUUAUCUGCGAAAAUCAAGAUUAACGAGAACCUCACCAUCAGAUCGCUGGUGUAUCCUGGAUACGACCGGUAUUUCAAUGUUCAGGCUAGUCCUGUUUACGAGAUUGUAUUCGGUAUGCAUUGCCUGUCCUGUCUUAUCCAAUACACCAUCACGACGGCGACGUGCAGUUUGGCUGCGAUCUUCGCGAGUCACGCGUGCGGACAGGUACAGAUAUUGAUGACGUUGUUGGACGAUCUGGUCGAUGGAAAGAAAAUCGAGGGGAGUAGCACCGUGGGGAAACGUUUGAGAGUGAUAGCAAAGCAUCAUAUGCGAGUGCUGAGAUUUGCAGCCGAUGUGGAGGAAGUGUUGCGUGAAAUAUGCUUGAUAGAAUUGGUGGCAGCUACCUUGAUUAUAUGCUUGCUCGAGUAUUAUUUUAUGAUGGAAUGGAAAAAAAGCGACGCUAUUGGCAUUGUUACUUAUUUCAUUUUAUUGGUAUCCUUCGCUUUCAAUCUGCUGAUAUUUUGUUACAUCAGCGAACUUCUGGUUGAAGAGUUCCGCAAAAUUGGUUCUGCCGCGUACAACGUUAAUUGGUACGAUUUAUCUGGAUAUAAAGCUCUUGAUCUUACAAUGAUCAUCAUGAUAUCACACUAUCCGCCGAGACUUACAGCUGGCAAGUUUUGCGAUUUAUCCUUCAAUACUUUCAGCACCGUACUUAGAACGUCCUUAGUAUAUUUAAAUUUACUCCGAACAGUUACGGAAUAGAAAUCCUUUAUUUUUAUUGUAGUUCCUAAAAGCAACAGGUUGCAAUAGAUAUAUUUUUAUCUCAACA